AUGGAUAGGGACAAGUCGCCCGAAGAUGUCUCCAUGCCUCUUCCGCCUGUGGAUGAGGACACUUCAAUGACAGAUCCUGAUUCGACGAUCUCUGAAACUGAACCGCCUGUUGACCUUGCAAAUAUGCCUCGUAUUAUAGAGAGGCGUCCUAGAAACAUCCCAAGCAAUGCAUUCGUUGAAUACCAGACCUACGAAUCGGAGCGCAUCAAUGGGUCAUCCAGGGCAACCGCACAAAGUCCCCGUCCGCCCGUGUCAACAAAGAUGAUCGUGGAGCUGAGCGUGCUGGAAAGGCAUACUCCCUUUUCAAAAAGAGUUGAACAUUCUUUUUACGACUCGUGGCUCGAUCAAACCAAGGGCUCCCAUGUUAAAGAGAUAAUCCUCUUCGAUAUCAAAACGGUUCCAUCUCAGCCCGACGGGCAGACGCCGGGCACAUUCAAGCCUGCUAAUCGCGAUCUUGAACUGCUCACACUGCUAGGAGAUUUUCCACUACGCUUCUACGGCGCACGUCGCGCCUGCCAUAUUGGGGAUAUUGGUUACCCUUUGGAUCUUUGCCGCAAUGUCGAAUGCGCCACCUGCUCAGUUUUUCGGGAGCAAUACACAGCCAGAGAAGCUGGUAUGGGAUUUGAAUCGAGCCCUGAAAUACUCACUAGCUCCUUCUCAUCCCGUGGGUAUUGCUACCCCUGCUUUCCAUCGACAUCUGUUCUAACCACGAAACUUGGCCACAUCUAG